UUAACGCCUAUGCCGGCGCAUUUCAAGAGGGUUGGCAUUACUUGCGCGUCCAUUGCAAAAAAAAAUUCCUGCACAGAGUUUUCGCCACAAUUAACUGACUUCGGCAAGCUCGUAAUGUAGGCCGUAAAAAAGCAUUGCGUGGAAAAGAGUAAACGAUAAGAUUGAAAAGUUUGUGGACGUUGUGUUUGUUAAAAUCGCGGUCGCCCAGUUUCCCAAUUGAUUGUAACUCUUUGCGGCUCUUAGUCUUCGCUUCGGUAUUCAUUUUCCCCGCACCCAAGCCGCAUUUGCGACGCCGCUGGGAAAAUGUCACUGGAUGGCGCUCGAUUGCGCUACGAGGACGAAAAUGGUGAGUCCGUAGUCCUGGCGGCCAAGGGACGUACCUUUCAGGUUGGCUCCUACUUCAACUGCGACCUAAUCCUGGAAGGCCCACAGGAGGAGCGCCUGAUUUGCGAAAUAAUUUGCGACCCCUACGGCAGGGUAAACAUCUACAACAAGUCCAGCCAGGAACCCAUCCAUCUAAACGACAAGGCAAUCCACGGCAAGCGUCCACUGCUUCACGGCGAACGGAUCACCAUUCGGGACAAGGUCUACAUCUGGGAGUUCCCCAAGUCUUCCAAGACGCAGGAUGAACCCAGAACCCCAGAGCGACUGUCGCCCGUCGAGCAGGCCUCGAAUUCCUGUCCCUCGCUUAAGCAAUCGCAUCGUCCGCAGACCGAUAAACGCCUGACAGUUCACAACUUUCACUACAGCAUCAAUUCGGAUGAUGAGGGCAAUACUUCGAUAGAUUCACGCGAUCAGAGCUCUCACUUGGAGGAGGACAGUCUAAAUUUCUCCACUCCGCCGAGCACAGAGACCACCGCCUGCGAGUCGCCCAAGGUCGACUUAUUGGAGGCCACGCAGAACAAGGAAAACACGGCUACGCCACCGGGCAGCCACAAGAAGUUGUUGCAGCUGUGCGCCCGUUCCGACGUGGUUAUCACCUCCUUCUCACCACGCGAGACUGGCGUCAAGUUGCAAAAGUCUUUCACCUGUGUACGCAAGCCGGUUAAAGCUGACACGGUCACUGUGUCCACGCCCAAGAGCGUUUACAGCACACCAAAGGGUGGUGUGCUAUCCGAGCUGAACGAUGAUAGCUGCAGCCGCGAUCUGAUGGACUUUGGCACGCCAUCCACCUCGAAGAAAGCAAAGCGAGCAUCCUCCAUGUUUCUCAUCGACUUAACUACACCCUCAAAGCUCCGACCAACUCCCAAGCAGACACCUUCGGCCAUCAGUGUGGACAGCACAGACGAGUCGUCCGAUGCAUCGCCGCUGGUCAUUGAUAUAACCAACUCGUCAACACCGCCUCAAACAGGUGCUUCACAACGGUACAAAACUCCUAGGCGUCCGGCUGGCACCACAGGCGCCACACCAAAACGAACCCCUCAUUCGCUGAUAAAAAGGGCGCUGUUGACCAGUACCAAGAAGCAGAUCACCGCCAACCAGUCAGGUACGACCACUCCAGGUGCCACGCCAAACAAGCGACCAUCGCUGCUGGAAGCACGCAGGCAGUGCCUUACCACUCCCCGCCGCUUGCCCUUCCAUCCGCACAGGCGGACACCAGUCCAUCGGCCAGAAGAGCGUCCAAGGACUAAGGCGCCCAAUACCUCACCACGCAGGCGUACAUUGCACUUGGAGUCACCUCGCGAGAACAAGGUCUCCCAGAUCAGAAAGUCCUUAGCGGCGGCCAAACGAAGUCCCGCCGUUGACAAGAGCAACAAGCUGGUGGCUAAGGCGUGCCGAUCGCUUAACUCGCCCAAGAGCGGCUCCCCCAAGCCGGGAUCUUCGAAGCCGUCAUCGCCCUGCCCCAGAAAAACAUUUAAUCUGCCCCAGAAUAAGUGCUCAACUCCGGAGAAAUUGGACGACUCAAAGGACGAGUUAAGUCGAACGUUCACUGUCAUGGAUGACACCCAAGGAAAGGAACAGAGUGGAUCAGGAUUAGUAAUUGAGGCGGUUGCUGCUCUUAUUUCUGGAGAUGUUGAAAGCGACGUGUCCUUUCAGUUGUCUUCCGAAAUAUUCGAUAAGAGCCUCCCGCUCACAAAGUCCACAGAACCAACUUCUACCGAAGACAAGAACCAAUCCACAAUUGCGGACAAUAAUAGGACAUUUGAGUUAAAAUCUGAACAGGAAGAAGUACUGUCCAAGCAAGAUGAUGCCAUACUCGACGAGAACAAAUCCAAGCUAGAACCUUGUGCCAAAAAUGAUUUGAAAACAGUUAAGGAUCAGCAGAAGCCAGAAACUCCCUCAGAUGCCAAUCUUCAAGACAAGGAAAGAAGUGAAGCUUCAGAAACCAAAAAACCAGAUACACCCAUUAUCGAGGAUAGUAUUUGUGAGGAACUUCAUGCAAAUAUUCCGGUCGAAACUAUUGAGUCCGCUGAUGAAUCUAUAGAAAAAGCCGGUACAUCACAAACUAAAGACGAACAAAGUGCAGAUGCAAAUUCGGAAACUGUUGAGAAUCAGCAGAAAUCUGAAACUCCUUCAAAUUUCAUUCAUCAAGACAAGGAAAAAAGCGAAACUUUGCCUGUUUCAGUCGAAGAAAAAUUAGAAGUAUCUAUUGCUGAAGAUAGUAUCUGUGAAGAAGUUCAUGCCAAUAUUCCUCACGAAACCGACAGUGUUAAUCCGGAGAAAGUAAUUGGUGAAAUCGUUUGCGAAGAGCUACCAUCCAAUGUUGAAUCCACUAACAAACCAAUUGAAAAAGUCAACACGCCACAAAAGAAAGAAAGCCCAAAUGUGGAAACUCCUGUGAUUCGGAGAAGCUUGCGCCGCCUCUCUGUUGAUCAGAGGGCAGUGGCCACAACGCCACGCAGGAGCACUCGAAAAUCCUCAGUGGACGCUAGCCGUAUGGCGUUGACGGAGGUCAACAAGAAACCCACUCGCCGCGCAUCCUGCUCGGCGGUGGAAAGUCAAGAUCUGGGUACACCGCGGCGAAAGCGGCGGUUCUCACAGGAAAUGUCCACGCCUACGCGUCAAUCAAAACGUCUGAUGAAUACGCCCAAGAGGAAUCUUCCAGUGGAUGAGUCAGUUGGUGACAUGGGCGUCAUUUUGGAGGAAGUUGGUCAAGAGGACGAGGAAAAAUCUGCCAUCCCUGAGGAUGAGAACUAUGGGAACGAACUGGCUGUCGAUGAAACAGACAAGGUUGACUACCACGGCCUGAAAGAUUUGUUAAAAACCCCCAAGAGCUGCAGCACGCCACGCUUCAAAGGGCUAAGGGAAAUGAUGCGCACACCAAAGAUUCCCGCCUCACCAAUUUUGGGCAACAUGGCAGAGCUCUUGGACACUUCUGCCGGUAACACGCCCCACCACAAGAGCAGGAACAUUACAGUUGCUCGCGUGGAUCAGGGAAAGACACUGGAUGGAGUUCUGAAGACGCCAAGCGCAAGGAAUAUCAUGGUUCCAAAUGAGCCAGCUAGCGCGGUAUUGAAGUCCCGCGAGGAUUCAGUGGCGGCGACCACCGAAUACGAUCUGAACAUGACAAAUACGACGCUGCAUCUGGACAAGAUCUUCGAUGAUGUGCCCGAAUCGACUGGCGCGAACAUGAAUGACACCGAAAGCGAGAUAAAUGUGACUGCGCUCAGCACAGCAACGGGUGCUGAUCCCUUAGGAUCCUCAAAGCCAAACGAGUCUGUGUCGUCGGAGGCUCUGAUGAGUUGCAGUAAAUCGGCCCCAGGAGUAGUUUCGCACAAAGAUCCUUUGACCAGCACCACAUACAAGGCAGCAAUGCAGGCCGACCUGAACCUAAGUGCGUUUACAGAAGGAGACUCUAGGACAAAUUCGCCAGACCCAAAUGAGAUGAGCGGAAUUCAGUUGCUGGAUCAGACAUCGGACUCUAUGUUCUCGGAGCCUCUCAUUGUGUCAAACGUGGAAUCCUGCGACGUCACUGUGGACGAGACAAGGGCGUCUGGUCAGACCAUUCAACCUAAAGAUAACAUUGAAGAUCGCUCCGACACAGACUCAAACGUAGGUCUUACUGAGCCCCUAGUAUUCAGUGAUGACGAGGAUGAGCCAGAGGACUCUGAGGUGACGCCCAAAAAGCCUUCCAGCUUAGGAGAACCAUCUAUAGCCUACAAACUCGAAGAAACCUCCGCUUUGCCAAACAACAAAUCUGUUAAUGAGGCAUCAACUGUAAAUGAAAACGAGAACAAUUCAGUUAGUGAAGUCUCAUUGAUUGAAGUUGAAGAUACUACAAUGGAGGACAGUAUCAGCGCCACCAAACCGAAAGAUAAUGAACUUGAAGCUGAGAAAACUCAGGAAAUUAAACUAGAGAAUUCUAAGGAUGAGGAAGCACCUGCUGAGGAAAAUAACCAGUCCGCGGUUGCUGAUGUAACUAUCUUGGAGUCUGAGAUAUUUGCUCUGGACUCAACAACAGAUAGUUCGGCUAUUGUUUCCAACUGCAAUGCUGAUGAGAUUUCAUCCAACGUCGAACUGAGUUUAAGCGAAGUUCCAGCUGAAAAUACUGCCGAAGAAGCUAGCUUGGAUCAACCAUUACCUUCCGCUGAAAUUGAACUUAAAAAGACCACCGAUGCAGAAACUCACCAACGGGUCACUGAAACAUCACCCUCUACAGAUCUUCCAGAAAAAAUUGACCAACCAGUCCUCGAAACUUCGCGUUCUGUGGAUUAUCAGAACGAAUCCAAACACGAUGAGGUGUCCACUGAUACAGAAACUGAUCAAUCAGCAACCGAAACGCAUUCACAAGAACCCAUGUCUGAUGCGGCCCCUACUGAUACAGAAACGGAUCAGUUAGAUAUUAAAGCAUCACCAUUUGAAUCAGACAAACCUGAUGAGCUGUCCACAACCGCUGAAACCAACGAACCAGUCAUCGAAACAUCUCCUUCCGAAGAAGUUCCACAAGAAAAAGCUUGUGAGGUGAUCACUGAAGAAAACACUAAUUCAGCAGUUGUCGAAAUAUCGCCUUCAGAGGAACAUUUUGAACAGCUUAAGGCUGAUGACGAGCCUUCCGAUUCAAAGUCACACCACUCAGUCAUUGAAACAUUACCUUCCGAAGAAAAUCCAGAGGAAGUUAAACCAAAUGAGGAACCUACUGAUGCAGAAAAUGAUGCAGAGGAUAGCGAAAAAUCGACAGUUAAAGCAGUGUUCGAAGAAAGAAAACAGAAUGAGGUGCCCGCUGAUGCAGAAACUGAUCAACCAAACAUCGAAACUUCACAUUCCGAAAAAAAUCAAGAAGAACUAAAACUCGAAGAGGAUUCCACUGAUAAUAAACUUUGUAUAAAAGUCAUGGAAACAUCUUCUGCCGAGGAGCUUCCAGAAAAGGCCGAACCUAAUGAGGUGCCUAUCGAUCCAGAAACUGAACAACCAGUCCUCGAAACAUCUACUUCCGAAGAACUCUCGGAAGAAAUCAAAUCUGAUCCACCUCUUGAAAAAACUACUGAAGCAGCAACUGAUAUUGCGCUUGAAAAAUCUGUUGACCAAGUUGAUGAGACUGAUAAAGUUGCUGAAAAACUCCCAAUUUUAAACCAAAUCGAAGUUCAACAAACUGCUCAAAAUGAAUCUGUGAUUUCAAUCGAGGAUGAAAAGCCGGAAGCAGAAUCUUUAUGUGAGUCUAUCCCAACUAAAAAAGAAACUGCAAGUGACGAAGAGGCAAAACAAAAACCGCCUGCAAUAACAGUUGAGAUCGAAGACUCCGGGGAUGUGGACUCGUCAGAAAAAUCAAUUGCUGCAGAUGUUGAUUCACAAAAGGAGGAUGAAGCACCUACAUCUAGCGAUUCCGAUAUUUGUGAGAGGAAUGAAGAUGAAUUGGAUCAGCCAGAAGAAGCCAUUUCUAACGAAAAAACUGAAACUGUAAGCCAAGAUUUUGUAGAAGAUACGAUUUCGGUGGAAACAACAAGUUCUCCAGACAGUAAAGCUGCAGAGUCUGGUCAACCAAAUGUAAGUUCUUUAGUUGAUGAAUCCGUGACUUACGAGGAAUCGCCUGUAGAUAAGGAGAAAACUGAGAGCUCUAAUCAAAACGGACGAUCCCACGAUAAGGAGAUUGAUAUGGAUGCCUCGAGUAUAGAGCCCAAUUUAUUGGAUGAAAGCUCACAGAUUAACAAAUCUGAAUCAGAUUCUAUUUCGGGCCAUACAUCUGUGGUCGAAAAAUCAAAGGAAAAUGCGCCAGUACAGGAAGUUGAGAAGGAAAGUCCAGUUCUAGAGUCUUCCGAUAAGAAGCAAUCCAACGAUGAAUGUAUUGAUUUGGAUGCUUCAAGUUCAGUCGAGCAAUUUCCCCUGGACGAAAAUUCCCUACUCGAUGAUUGUGUCACUGAUCAGUCCAAAGGAGUUUCUAGUUUGGCUGAAUCAUCUUUGUUCGACGCAGCAAAAGAAGAAAGCCCUCUGGAUAAGGAAGAAGCUACUAAAACUGAUCAAAACGUACCUGCCGACGAAAAUAUUCAAUUGGAUGCCUCAAGCAAUGAUGAGCACCAAACUCUACAGCAUCAAAGUGCACUAAUUGAUGACACCGUCCCUGAUCAGCCCGAAAAGGAUUGUAUUUCCGAAGAGGAGGAUAAAACAGGUGUGUCCAAAAAAUCAUCUAACCAAAACGGAGCUGACGAUGAAGUGAUUGAUCUGGACGCAUCCAGCACUGAAGAGCAAAUUAAACUGGAUGAGCAUUGUGUAGUUGAAGAUUCAGCGACUGAUGAACACAAAGAAGUUUCUAUUUUUGAUGAAUCCUCUAGGUUCGACAAAACAAAGCAAGUAUUAUCUACGGAUCAAGAAGUUGUGGCAGUGAAGCAGAUAACUUCCCAAAAUGUUGAGCUAAACACAUCCGUAGAUACCGUGGUACUUAGCAAGCUAUUAAGUGAUGGAAAGGGAAUAUCUGUUGAUCCUGAAAGCAUUGAAGAAGGUGUUUUACAAUCGCCCCCUGUGAAGAAGACUCCUGAGAAGGAAAAUAGUAAGGAUACUUCAUUGGUAAACACCAAAGUUUCUACAACAAAUACUUUAACAACCGAAACAUCUCACCCAGAAAUAAUGCUAAGUGUUGAGGCGUCACCAUCACACGCUAGUAAAUUAUCCACUCCUUAUACAAAUCACGAAGACAAUAUGAGUGAAACUGUUGAAGAACCUAAGAUUGAUGAUUCAAUAGCAGAAGCACAGGAGUCCUCAAUUAAGGAACAGGAAAUUUCAAGCGAUAUUUCUAAAACACCGUCAGAAGUUAAAGAAGCUCCAAUAUCCCUCUUAGAAAUUCACAGCUUGGAAAAGGAGGAGGUUAAAAAUGGAGUCAAGAAACAGUCGAUCAUUGAACUGAGCGCUAAAAACGAAAAUAUUAAACAAGUUGAAUCAGCCGAUGAGCUAAUUGACAAAUCCAACGACAUAUCUUGUGAGCAAAACCAGCCAGUUGAACAACAGGAUGGUAAAUUGUCUCCUCAAAAAAUGCAGCCUGAAAUCUCAUCAACAGAAGUGUGUGAAAUCAUUGAUCUGGAUGAUUCAAGUUCUAGUGCCCAGGGACCUGAAACGGAUUCAAUUCUACCUCAAAAACUUUCUGCUGCUAUUGCUGAAGAAAAACCUUCUGCAUCAAAACGAAGUGUACUUCUAACAAAGGAGCCUCAGGAAUCGGAUAACCUCUCUAUUGCGGAUGUUUCCAAAUCGUCGCCAUUAAAAGAAUCAGUCGCCGCUACUGAAAUCAUCGACCUCGAUUUGGAUAAUACCCAGGAAGAAAUAACUAAACCAUCCGAAGAAGAUAAAACCUUCGAGAAACAAGACAAUGAAAUACAAGCUAAAGAAAAAGCAGAUAGUUCUUCGAUCUUGGUAACGACAGACAUUCCAGCAUUCGAGGAUAAUUCCGGAAUACCUGAAAACAAAAGUGAAGUAAAUCCAAGUCAGGAGCCUGCUGAAAUAACUUCGACAGGUUUGGAAACCGAAAACCAAGAAAUAGUCACUUUGGAAUUGAGUGAUCUAGAGGAUGAAAUUUCUGACCCAACAAAAACAACGAUGAUGAAUCGACCUUCUGACAAGCCAGCAAAACAUGAGGACAAGUCCCCAGAAGAGAAAGAUGCUAAGCCAGUGAAAAGGGCUACUAGAAAGGGAUCGGCGUCUUCUGACCGACCUGCUGAAGCUGCCGGUUCUGAGAGGCCGAAGAGACGAGGACGAAAACCAUCAGCUGAGGUACCGGAAGUCGAAGAGCAUGCUGUGGAUAAUAAUCAAGUGGGUGAUGUUCACGCUAAGCGAGGUAGAAAUCCAUCGGUUGAGGUGGAUGAGGCUAAACCUAAAGCUAUCGAGAAAAGAAGACGAGGACGUACUCCCUCCGCAGAGCGUUCAGAACCAAUCGAACAAAAGGAUAUAGAAGUCGGACAUCAACCGGAGGAAGUCCUGAAACCAAUCCUGGAAGAAGAGAAAGAGGCAGAAGUUGAGGAACCAACGGAGGCAAACGAAGAGGAUGAUACCAAUCGAAAGGAGACAGAAAAGCCUAAGAGAGGUGGGCGAAAGGCAUCUGCAAAAGAAUCGGGUGGAACAUCAGACCAGAAGGAAAGGACCGAGAAUGUUCUGGAAUCCGUCGAAGAAGAUAAAAUUCCGGAAUCACAUAAUGAUCAUUAUGAUCAGGAUUCUGAAAAGCCUAAACCAGACGAAUCGAAGGAAGAAGCUAAGACAGUGGUGGAGAAGAAGGAGAAGGAGGCCUCUAUAGAUAAGCCGAAAAGAAGAGCCCGCAAGGCAUCUGCAAAAGAAACUGAAACCACAUCGGACAAGAAAGAAAAAUCUCAUGAUACUCUGCCAGUCGUUAAAGAAGACCAAACUCUGCAUUCCAAUGAAGAGCAACCCGAAAUAUCUGAACCACAGGAGCCUCAACCAUCCUUACCAGUUCAGGCUUUAAAUGAGGAGCAUGAAACUAUAACAGAAACUAUUACUCAACAGCACCCAGGAAAGCCAACUAGAAGGGCACGCAAAGCAUCAGAAGAUGUAAGCAAGGUCCCAGACAAGAAGCACAAAUUAGAAGAAAUACAUUCUGUUGACGAGCAGGACAAGGAGGCCAUUAAAGUAGUUCCAGCGGAGAAACCGAAACGAAGAGGUCGUAAACCAUCUGCAGAGGAAGUGGAAGCGACCCCAAGUAAUCAGCACAGUAAUGACGCAGAGAAGGCCAAAGCGGAGGAAGCGCUAGUCUCUGUCCAGGAAGACCAGCCGAUUCCGGAGGAGGAAAGUAAACCCCCGAAACGAACCCGCAAAUCAGCAGAACAUGUGCCUAAUGUCCAGGAAUCAACUAAAGAAGAACCAAUCGAAAAACCCAAGCGUCGAGGACGCAAGCCGUCGGUGGACAUUGAUAUUGUAGCCCAAGAGGCUUCGGAAAGGCCCAAGCGAAGGGGCAGAACGCCAGCGGGGCGCGAGGAGCCGCCCUUGCAGGUUGUGGAGCCCGAGAAAAAGACCAGGCGUAAUGCUCGCAAAGCUUCGGCCGAAACUGUUGAAACCGUCUCUACCAGCGAGCAGGAGCAUCUUCAGCAAAUCCAAGAGGCAGUCGAGCCGCAGCCAGAAACAGAACCGGAACCGGCGCCAUCCAAGCCGCAGCCGAAGGAGGAGGAGGUGCACAAGACCCGGCGACGCGCCCGAAAGCCCACAACAGAGACGAUUGAGGAACCAAUUAAAAAGAUUUCGCCAGAGGAGCCUGCAGAGAUCCCAUCGCAUUCACGCAGACGUGGACGCAAAGCUACCGAAGAUGAGCCCCCGGCAACUGAGGAACCAGUUGAGCCCAAGGCAAAGCUUCGUGGAAGGGCAUCUUUGGAGGCAGAGCACAAGGAGGGGACCCCAUCAGUGUCUGCUUCUGAGGUCGCAGAACCACCAGCGGCGAAGACAACUCGACGCGGUAGGAAGCCAAGUGCUGAUGUGGAUGCGACUCCAGUGCCCGCAGCAGCAGAGAAAAAACCAACAGCGCGACGUGUCCGCAAGGCUUCAGCGAAUGACGACGAGGGAACGCCGGUGGCCAAGAAGGCGACAACACGACGCGGACGCAAGGAGGAUGUCCAUGUGGAGGAAGAGACAAAGCAGAUCGAUUUGCAGGACCUGCCAUCGGAAAAUGUAUCGGCUGUCACGGUUAUUUUGAGCUCCCCAGUGAAGACUAGCGACGCCGAAGAACUAACCCCGAGGCGCCGCGAGGGUCGCAAUUUGCCGCGUAAAAACUACGAAGAGGCACCAGACGACGACAAACCGCACUCCGCAUCGCGUCGGGCACGCAAGCCAGCGGCUUCCAAAGCGCUGGCCAACAAGGCAGCAGAACAAGAAGCACCUCCAGCUACACCGGUAACCAAACCACCCCUCGUCGAGGUUGAAGCCACUCCAGAGAAUACGGUUGUCCUGCCGGAGCCAACAACCUCGCAGCGGCGCGAAGGUCGCAAUCUGCCGCGCAAGAACUACACGGAGGCGCCAGACGAGGACAAGCCCACUUCGGCUCGAGGUCGCCGGGUUCGCCAUCCCACUGCUAAAGCUCUCGAACUGAUUGUGGACUCAUCGCCGCGACCGGCGACUCCAAAGAGAGUCAAGGACAAGACUGUCGAGGCCGAGGAGCCACCUGCGAAGAAGGCAUCACCAGAGCCUCAAGAGGCGUCCGCAGCGGAAGACGAGCCAGCGCCCGCCGCGAAGGGGCGAGGCACUCGACGAAAGGCAGAGGAUGCAGCUCCUCCAGCCGGCAAACGAGGAGCUCGUGGAGCCCACAGCGAAACAGAGGAGACGGACCCCAAACCGGCCAAAAAGAAUGUACGCGCCACGGCGCGCAAGGCCAAGGUCGAGCCUGAGCCGGAGGAGCAUCCGCCUGCCAAGAAGGCACGAGGUGGAUCACGUGCCAAGACGCCUGUAGAAGCCUCUGCCACCAACCAGGAGCAGGAGGAGCCGGUCAAGAAGCCGGCAGCUCGCAGUCGAGCACGAGGCGCCAAGGCAGCGGAGCCGGAACCGCCGGCCGAGGAGCCCCAAGUCGAAGCCGUCACCUCUACAGCUGCGCCGCCAGCGCGCGGCGGAAGGGGCAGGAAGGUGCACUUUGAGGCGGCACCGGAGGUCGCCAGCAGUGAGGACGCGCCCAAGCGGGCCACUCGAUCCCGCCGGAAGUAAGACGCAGCUAUUUUAUCCAUCAGCUUGCACCACUUUGUAUAAUUUUUUUUAGUUAUUUUAUAAUAUUGCAUUUUGUACCUAUUUUCUAAACUUCUGUAUAAAAAGUUUGCAUUUAUCAAUUAAUGAAGACGAGAUAAUAUUUAAGUUCAAUUGUUAAUCCCUCGUUCCGGUGGGAUUAGGUUGGCAUGGCUCUACCCGCUCAGAAAUGCAAAAUCCUUAAUAGAUUUAAGGCAUUACACAUUAUUAAUAAAUAUAUAUAUAGAGAGUUUAUCGUUUAAGACACUAUCGAAAAUUCACAAAAAUAAUAAAGAUUCGUAAACCUA